AUGUCCCCACAAUCCGUGAGUGCGGAUAGCUCGCCCCAGACAUACGAACCCGCUACCCCAAGGGAGUUUGUUGGUGGUCACAACCACGGAGCAAUGGCUUUACCGAUUCAGGAUUCACCAGAUAUGGCUGCACCGUUAAAAAGCCCGCGGUCGGCUCGAUUCGCGGAAGCAACUGCGGUUCACUCUCCCACUGAUCCAAAGGACAGUAACCAAUCCCCAUUUGCAGAUCCUCCGCAUCAAUCUCAGACCCCCCCUGAUGUUUCUGAUGUUGGUUUCGGCUAUGUCAAUGCUCAAGAUACGUCCCACCAUGUUCCACCAGCGUCGCCGCUGAAAAGCGCUUUGAAGGUACCAGGAACCCCUGGUCGGACGUUGAACCCUCUUAGCCCGACUUUCCGUGAAGAGUUCUACCUGGAGAAGCAAGAGAAGUCAGCAGAAAAAAUGAACGCGAAGGACUUGGUCAUCAAAACUCGUAUCCGAGUGGCCAAGAUCUUUCUUCGUUUCAUCAGCUUUGGCUGCAGUAUAAUUGUGCUCGCUAUUUUGUGUACGACGUUGACAAUCUUCCAUACGACCCGGAGUUUGCCCUCGCGCAGCGGCUUGACUCCGUGGUCCACGAACACAAACCCGUGGCCGCAGUAUAUGACGUUGGGCGUGGCGUGCCUGUCGUUAUUGACCUGUCUUGUUGUCUUCUGGACUUGGAGAAAACGCGGCCACAAGCGUGCAGAAAAAGUUGCUACUUAUUACACCAUAUUCUCCGUUGGCUUCUUCAUAUUCAGUCUAAUUUUGUGGAUUGUCGCAGUUGUGGUUUACCAGAACGCCAAGACAAUCGGAAAUGGCCAGGAUAUCUGGGGUUGGUCUUGUAAGAACAAUAAGAGAGAGAAGGUGUACAGCAACGACAUCGACUACGCCCUCCUAUGUCGUCUUCAAGAUUGGGGAUUGGUGUGCGCGGUUAUAGAAGUUGUGAUUGAAGUCCUGGUCAUUCUCAUCUACGCCGUUGCUUUCUAUCGAUUCUGGAGCAAGCGUCGACUCGCUAAAUCUAUGGAUCGCCGAGACAAGGCUCGAUCAGAUCUGUACCUGGCACAGCUACGACUACAAUCCGCGCCCAAUACACCGGGAUUCCCAUACACCCCUAAGUCUCCCUGGGUAUCAACAACCAUGGUCAAAGACCCUUACUCCGCGGCCGAGAAUGGCGAGGCAACUCCCACCCAGUUUGCAUCUCCUCGAUCGCCAACGAGACCUCAGCCGAGCUUUCAACUCCAAGCACCCCCAAUCCGUGUGCACCACGCAACACCCAAGACAGAACAGGGUGAAUUCUCAGCUCCCGUUCCGGCCCCCUCCCGCACUCCUUCCCAAGAGCACAUGGGCGCUGCGCCGGGCGAGAAGACCUACGAAUCCGUUCCUAUUCCGGGGGCCUAUGCUAGUCCGAUGACAUCGAGCUUUCCCCAGGGAACCCACCAGUAA